AUGCAAGUGAACAAAAUUGUUAAAGAAGCUCUCUUUCGAAUAUCUUUGCGCACUUCUUUGUGGCAUCUUAGCGUUAUCUUUUGUAACACGAAAGACAUCGACAUGAGCCAUAAUUCAAGUUCUGAGUCGCUAGACGUAUUGAAUUUUGAAGUCUUUGAGCCUUCUCCUACCUCUGAUAGUCAUUGUAAUUCAGAAGUCACUUCAAAGCGCGUUGUGAAUAAAGUUUCCAGCCCUGCAACUAUCAAUCUGCCAUCUCCUACACAGAUUCCGUACCUCUAUUCCAAACCAACAACAACUUCAACCUGCAAGUUUGUUUCUGCAGUUGUUGAAAACUCCCAUUCUGCCAAUUCAAUAAAUUACGGAGAUACGACCGCAGUAGUUCCAACAGAAAUGCUUGGGGACAUAAAGACGCCACCCUUAGAAGAUAAUCAUAGUAGUGUCGUUGGACUGGCAAAGCUGCCUUAUCAGAAAAGGAAACGAGCCGAAAGGAACGGAGUGAACUUUACAGUUAUGCUUGUGGGAGAGAGUGGGCUUGGAAAAACAACCUUCCUCAACACCUUAUUUGAUUCUGAUAUCUUACCUAUUAGGAAGUUGAAUGUACCUCAAUUGGGGAAUACAAUGAAGACUACACAAAUUGAGUAUCAUAAGAUGCGAUUAGAUGAAGAUGGAUUCGUUCUAGACUUCACUGUCAUUGAUACUCCAGGUUUCAGUGACUAUAUCAAUAACAACUACUGCUGGGUGCCAAUUUCGAACUUUAUUGAUGAACAGUUCAGGAAAUAUAUAUUUCAGGAGAGCCAGCCACAAAGGGAAAGGAUGAAAAGCACCCAAGUACACGCCUGUUUAUACUUCAUCAAGCCGAACUUAAGAGGGUUGUCGGACUUGGAUAUCAAAGUGAUGAAAGAACUAUCGUCACGAGUUAACCUAAUUCCGAUUAUUUCAAAAGCAGACGCAUUCAAUGGUACUGAAAUGGAGUGUUUCAAGGAGUCGAUAAGAAAUACAUUGUGCAACGAAGGAAUAAAUUUGUGCAAAUUGUUGGCGGAUGAAGGAAUGGAGAAUACCAUUUUGGAUACCCUUCCUUUGUCGGUAAUCGGCUCAAGCUCUCGGGUAGUUAACUCUCUAGGAAAUGUAGUAAGAGGUAGAAGUUAUAAAUGGGGAACUGUGGAAGUGGAGAAUGAGGAUCAUUGUGACUUUAUUAAACUUCGUUCAAUGCUAUUGAGUAAUAACAUGCUUGACCUGAUAAAAUCUACCGAGAAUUACUAUGAAAAGUACAGAUCCAAAUUAAUGAAAACCCAAUUUUUGAAUAUAAUCAAGCAAGACUCGGAAGCUUUUAAUGAACAACGAGGUGAUGAAAUUAGUAUUAAAUCUGAUAUGGAAGAAUUAGUUGAACAGAGGCUUAGGGACCAAAAUCCUCUCGAGAUUCUAAAAUGCAUAUGCGACAAUCGCCCUGAAUUUGAUAGGCAGUAUGAUAAUACUCUCAAAAAUAACCUGAUUUAUAAGGAAUCUGUUCGAAUUUUCAAAAAACAAUUUGCACGUCUCAUUCAGCAACAAGAUGCUAAGUUCAAAGGGUGGAAGCGCCACUUGUUUGACAAACAGUCUGAGUUUAACCAUAGUAUUGAGGGUAUUCAUAACCAGAUCUUGGAGAUGCGACAAUCUCUUGAACUCCUCGAAGGUUCCCGAACUCUUUUAGACUCAAGCAUUUUGCCUAGACGCGAUGAUGAAGCAUAA